AACUAUUUUCUCUGCAAAAAUGGAAGGUUGUUGCAAUGAACGCCUUGAUUUUGGCAAAAUGGGUUAUGGAUGCAAGCACUAUAGGAGAAGAUGCAAGAUUAGAGCCCCUUGCUGCAAUGAGGUCUUUGACUGCAGACAUUGUCACAAUGAAGCCACGAGCAUGUUGCGUAAGAUUUUUGAUAGGCAUGAACUAGUUCGACAAGAUGUCACACAGGUCAUCUGCUCAGUUUGUGAUACCGAACAGCCAGUUGCUCACGUUUGUACGAAUUGUGGUGUCAAUAUGGGGGAAUACUUUUGUGAAGUCUGCAAAUUCUAUGAUGAUGAUAUAGACAAAGGGCAGUUUCAUUGUGAUGAUUGUGGAAUCUGCAGAGUUGGUGGUCGCGAGAACUUCUUUCAUUGCAACAAGUGUGACUCUUGUUAUUCAGUUAGUCUGCGUAAUAACCACUUGUGCGUGGAGGACUCCAUGCGGCAUCAUUGUCCCAUUUGUUAUGAGUUUCUAUUUGAUUCUCUGAAAGACACAACUGUAAUGAAAUGUGGACACACAAUGCAUACAGAAUGCUACCACGAGAUGAUAAAGCGUGACAAAUACUGCUGUCCGAUAUGUUCUAGAUCAACUCUAGACAUGACCAAAGCUUGGAAAAGAAUGGAUGAGGAGAUUGAAGAGACAAUCAUGCCUGAGGAUCUUAGAUAUAAGAAGGUUUGGAUUCUUUGUAAUGACUGUAAUGACACAACUGAAGUAUACUUCCACAUAAUCGGGCAGAAGUGCAGACACUGUCAAUCAUACAACACCCGUAUGAUUGCACCUCCCGUUCUUCCUCAAUAGCAACUUUCUACUCCAGAAAAACUGAUUGUUUGUGCUGCUGAAACCUGGUGCAGCGGACGUGAAACAGAAGAAAUUUAUGGUGUUACCU